UCGUUAGUUUCUAGAUCCGAGAUCGUCAUGGGUACGGAAAGCCAUCUAAUUGUACGAGACUCCAGGAAAAUGUCGGUGGAGCUCGGUACGGGGCACUGAUACGAUAUUAGUGCGAGAGAUCGACGUCCGCAUUCGUAAGUGUGGAACUAGUUGGUCGGGCCGCGUCCGCGUUCGUCGCGUAUGCGAACCGAGCGCUCGCGCUCGCACGAGUGAGAGUGAGUGAGUGAUACGGUGGGGCACACUCGGCGGCGGCCAUAACACCGACCAACCAAACUAGCAAGCAGGGAGAAAGCGUAGUGCGAGUGUCCAAGACGUAGUGGUAGUGUUUUUCGAUAGAAUUCCUGUGAAAAGUGGACUUCCAUUGAUCAGAUGUUGCUAAUGUCGCGAGUCUUGGCUGGAGGUACGGAGUCUCACAGCAGUGUACAGGGCUGACAUUCAAAGUACUACCAUUUGGUAGGCUUGAGUAGUGUUAUGCCUCCACGGCACCAAUCUCCCUGGUUGCAGCGCAAUCAUCUUGGCAAGCAAUUAGUGAGCUACCAUGCUCAAUUCAGAAUAUAUCCUUGCCAUCUCAAUUGUUGAUGAAGCCUCAUAGCGUCAAGCAUCAACGUAAGGCAGUUACCUGCUGCAUAGCAUUUAUGUACCAUAUAUGUCGGAAAGAAACGAAGCCAAGAUGCAGCAGGUGGACACUAUCUCGCAAAAUAAUUCGACAAGUGCACCUGGUAAGACAUCGACUACACCAGCAACUCCUGCAAAGGAGCCACCACCACGUGAUGAACCACCCGUGGAACCGGUGAAUGGUGUAGUCCAACCACCUGUUGUGCCUCCACCUAAUCGUCCAGGGCGUGUAACCAAUCAACUACAAUUUCUUCAAAAAGGUGUACUCAAACCAGUAUGGAAGCAUCAAUUUGCGUGGCCUUUUCAACAACCUGUAGAUGCCAAAAAACUCAAUUUGCCAGAUUAUCACAAAAUUAUAAAACAACCAAUGGAUUUGGGUACAAUCAAAAAACGGUUAGAAAAUACAUAUUAUUGGAGUGGAAAAGAAUGUAUUCAAGACUUCAAUACCAUGUUCACCAAUUGUUAUGUUUACAACAAACCUGGAGAAGAUGUUGUGGUUAUGGCACAAGCUCUCGAAAAAUUGUUUCUUACCAAGGUUGCACAAAUGCCAAAAGAAGAAGUGGAGCUCGAACCUCCUGUUCCAAAGGGACCCAAAGGUAAAAAGGCUGGCAAAGUUGGAGCACCAGUAGGCGGUGUAGCAGGAGCUGCGGGAGGUACAGGUCGAGGUCGACCUUCUUCUGGUGCAGCUGCAGUUACUUCCAGUGUACCAAAUAGCCUAACGCCUUCAGCUACUUCAGCUGGGACAACAGGUGUAAUUCCCAUGCCUCCUCUUGGCACCCAAGCACCUGCAUCUGUACCUGGGAGCACGAAUACAACUACUAUUGCUCCUCCAUCAAGUAUGGGAGUUAGUCCCAUGGCUACGCAUAACUCUUUGCCUCAACAAGUGGUCCCUCCAACUAGUGGUUACCAUGCACAACCAGCAAUGGAUCCACAAGCAGCUUCUGCUGUACCUCCUCCUCCACAAGUUCCCACUGCACCUACGGUAAUGCCUCCAUCCCAACCAGCAAAACUUAAAAAAGGAGUGAAGAGAAAGGCUGAUACUACAACUCCUACUGCAAAUUCUUUUGAACCUUUAUAUAAACUGGAUCCUAAAAAUGCCAAAAUACCUACAAGGCGAGAAUCUGGCAGGCAAAUAAAAAAGCCAACGAGGCAAGCGGAAGACGGCUUAGUGCCAUUCCAUCAGCCUAAUAUGCCCCUGAUGGGGGCAAUGGCCCAACAGCCUCAACACACAACUGGAAAGUCUAAAGAGAAACUUUCAGAAGCUUUGAAGUCUUGUAAUGAGAUUUUAAAGGAAUUAUUUUCGAAAAAACAUUCGGGAUAUGCAUGGCCCUUCUAUAAGCCAGUUGAUGCUGAACUCUUAGGUCUUCACGAUUAUCAUGACAUUAUAAAAAAACCAAUGGAUCUUGGUACUGUAAAGACAAAAAUGGAUAAUCGUGAAUAUAAAACAGCACAAGAAUUUGCUAGUGAUGUGCGACUCAUAUUUACUAAUUGUUAUAAAUAUAAUCCUCCAGAUCACGAUGUUGUAGCAAUGGCUAGAAAACUCCAAGAUGUGUUUGAAAUGAGGUACGCAAAAAUCCCGGAUGAACCAAUGGGAAGUAUAGUAGUGAAAGGUAGCAGUAGUAGUGCCAGUAGUUCCGGAUCCGAAAGUUCUUCUGAAAGUGAUGAUUCAGACGAAGAACGUACUCAAAAAUUAGUUGCUUUACAGCAGGAGCUGAAAGCUAUGCAAGAACAAAUGAGAAAAUUAGUAGAAGAAAGUGGUAAAAAGAAGAGUAAAAAGAAGAAACCGGAUAAGACAAAAUCAAGGCCAAUGGGCAAUAAGAGUAGUAGUCUUGUUGCCAGUCAUACUGGUGCCAUGAAAGAACUAAUGAAACCAAGUGGUGGAAUUCCAAGUGUCUCUGAUAGUGUUGGUGCUAGUAUAGCCAGUGUUGCAAUGGGAGGUGAUUUAAAAAUGCCAGGUGGUAUGGGUGGUGAUCUUCAUCAUCCAGCAAUAGCAGUAGGACCUAAUAAAACUCAUGCAACAGGAAGCAUGAGUCAUCAUUUGCCAACAGCAGCAAAUGCUAAGACAAAAGGAGGAAAAGGACGAGGACCUGGGAAAGCUGCAACAACAAAUACUACAAAUAAAAGGCCAAAAGCAAAUAGUAGAUCAGCUGGAACUAAAAAGAAGAAUGCUAGUAGUCAACCACCACCAAUUACGUUUGAUUCUGAAGAUGAGGAUAAUGCUAAACCAAUGUCUUAUGAUGAAAAAAGGCAACUUAGUUUGGAUAUUAAUAAAUUACCUGGAGAUAAAUUAGGACGAGUUGUGCAUAUAAUACAAUCUCGAGAGCCUUCAUUGAGGGAUUCCAAUCCAGAUGAAAUUGAAAUUGAUUUUGAAACAUUAAAACCAUCCACAUUGAGGGAAUUGGAGAGCUACGUCGCUUCAUGUCUUAGAAAAAAGCCACAUAAAAAAGUUAGUGGUAAAUCUAAAGAUGAACAAAUGGCAGAGAAAAAACAAGAACUCGAGAAGAGGUUACAAGAUGUUACAGGGCAAUUAGGCAAUGUUAAGAAAACCGCUAAAAAAGAAGACAGUAGUAAAUCAGUCGAUGUAGUUGGGACAGGAGGAGCUAGUGGGCCUUCACGAUUAUCAGCGUCAAGCAGUAGUAGCAGUGAUAGUGAUUCCAGCAGUAGUUCACUUUCUUCGAGCUCCAGUGAUUCAAGCGACAGUGAAGCAGGAAACUCUUCCAAUCGUCCUCCAAGAAAGAAAGCAAAAAAGAGUACACCGAGUACAGGGCCUCCUCCAACAACAACUACUGCUACAUCGGCACCUACAUUGAAUCAUACUGGAGGUCUUUUAAUGAACAAUCAACCCCCAACAAAUUCUACGGGACCAAUUACAAAACCAGCUGUAACUCAAUCUAGUAAUGUUUCUUCAGAGCAAGGUGGCAAUAGUCAACAAUCUGUAGCAGUAGCUGCUGUUACAGCUGGUCAAGGAAUGCCUGUAGCGAGUCACACAUCUAUGCCCGCUCAACCUCCUCGAUCUACAGCUAUGGCUACAGCUGCUCCUGUAAAAAAACCUACACCGCCACCACCAACUACAUCCAACCCACCAACUCCAUCAGUAUCUGUACCAACUCCACCACCAAGUGUUACACCUACAAAUACGAAUUCUAUAGUAGCUUCACCGGUUGUGCCUCAGCCACCACAGCCACCUACAUCUGUUAGUUCCUUUUCAAAUGCAAACACUCCUGUACCCACAGAUGGGACAACUCUAACUCAACAAUCAGAUCUUUUACAACCAUAUAAUACUCUAGCUCCUGUGCCUACUACACAAACAUCGUUGGAACAAAUGUCAUUAAAAAAAAAACCGCACAUACCAAUGAUUCAGACACCACAUACAACAACUAAUAACACCAAUUUAAAUUUACUGCCUGAUAUAAAAACACCAGUGAAUAUGAUGCCUACAAGUAUGGCAUCUAAUCUAAAUUUGGGAAAUAUGACCAUGGCCAAUCUGAAUAUGAAUUUACAACAAGGAUUAGCUACUCAUAUGUCAAUGCACAAUCAGUUGGAAAAUAUGAUAAAUACAACAUCACCUUUAACUAAUAUACAAAAUUCUCACAAUGCUACAAUAUCACAACAGCAUUCCAAUGGAUUUUCUAAUAUUAAGCGUGAGAAUUCUCCGCCUAAUAUGUUAAAUAAUAAUGGCAUAUCUGGUCUAAAUAUGGGAAUGAGUAUGGGCGGAAUAGGUUCAAUUUUUGAUCCUAUGCCCAUGCAGUCAUCUAUGCCAAUGCAAAUGUCACAAAUUCCAAUUAAGAAAGAAGAGAAAUCAGUAUCAAUUUCUCAAUCGCAAAUGCCUCAAAAGCCUAUGGAUGCCGGAGCUCUUUUUGCAGAGAUGAAUACAGGGAUGCCAUCAAUGAGUAAUCAUUCGAGUUCACAGCUCAUGCCUGAGAAAAAGAUGACACCACCCGAUUCAAAAAAUCCUGUGUCGAAUUUUGCUUCAGCUUUUAAAAAUAAGACUGUAGAACAAAAUGUGAAAAAUGCCUCAUCAUGGUCAUCUUUAGCACAAGCAUCAAGUCCUCAAUCUGCAGCAGGAAGUAGCAUGAAAAGUGCAGCACAGGAUUCAUUCCAAGCAUUCAAAAAACAAGCAAAAGAAAAGCAAGACAGGCAAAGAGCUUUAUUGGAACAACAAGAAAUGCGUAGACAACAAAAAGAACAAGCAGAACGAGAACGUUUACGACAAGAAAAUGAAAGAAGAAGAGAACGAGAAGAAGAAGACGCUUUAGACAAAGUUAGAAAAACUGUUGGUGAUCAGCAAGGAAAUGUGAUGACUGCUACGUCAAGAGCAGAAGAAGUCAAAGCCAUUGUUGAUACUGAUAGUAGUAGUCCAAGUCAUUCAUCCAAUCAGGAUAAGGCCGCAGCUGAAAGAGAACGUCAAAGGCUACGAGAGCAAGAACGACGACGACGCGAAGCGAUGGCUGGACAAAUUGACAUGAACAUGCAAAGUGAUUUGAUGGCAGCAUUUGAGGAGUCGUUAUAAUGUUAUUUGCUGUUCGUUGUAAAUCCACUAAAACUGGGCAAGACUUGGAUGAAUAUUUGACGCUGGAUGAUACGAUAAAAACGUAUAAUAUAUACGUCAGUCAAUAACAAAUAAUAAUAAUAAUAAAUAAUGAAAUAAACCGAAUCGAAAAAGUCGGUGUAACAAAGUAAAUAAUAUAAUGGUGGUGCGAGUUGGGACAUUCCAACAAAGAACCUUAACGUCAUUGUCCGAGUGGAUCGGAAUUCAAAGAAACAGUUUAUCAAAUAACUCAAACUUGUGUGUAAUCGACGGACACCUAAGUGUGACCUAAUGUAAUUAGAUAAAUACUUACACGACACUUUAAAAAAAUACUACACUGACUAUUGUGUUACAUUUUUCCGGUUUUCAUAAGUUUGUACUUUAUGUAAAUUUCGAAACAAAACAAAAAAAUAUUACACAGAUGAUAAGUGAACGAAAGAAAGAGUAUGCGAGAGAGAGAGAGAGAGAGAGAGAAAAAUAGAAUGUAUAAUGUGCGGUCAAAGAAUAGAUGAGUAUGAAAGUGUGAACAGAGUGAAAGUUGUGUACAUUUAGUUAAGUUUUAUAUUUUUCCACAUUCAGUCAUUAAUCGUUGGUAGGAUUACAUAGACAGUGUUUCUGCCAAUAAUACAUAUAAUUAUUAGCAAUUACUAAUAAUUUUAUUGCAGAUUUCUUUCUCGAUUAUGAAUAUACACUAUUUGUAAUCACGAAAUAGGUAGACUUGUUAAGUCAAUAAUAUAGAAAAAUAUAUCUAAUGCGAACAUAGAUUGGUGAAUUUAAUCAUAUUGAUCAUUAUGAUAGCCCAGUUAAGUCUAUCUCGAUUUCGAUUGACUUGAGAAUCAAAUCAGGGCCAAUCGGUUGAUUUGAAAAAACGAAAAAAUAAAUAUUUGUAAACUCACCUUAGAACAAAGUCGUCAAUUAUUACGAAUAACCGUAAGGUGAUUAUAGAAUGAUAUAGCUUCGAUCCUACCAACUAUUAGAUCAGAUCCACGUAUGUACCUAAUUAUUGGUAUACUUUGGGAUCGCAGAAACAGAAAAUGUGACACAGUAUCGGCUCGUAAAUGGAACAUUAUUUAGAAAACAAUUAUGUUUGUUUUAUAAAAUGAAUUAUGAAAAUAGUUCAUUAAGGAAAUGUUAGACAUUUCAAGAAAAUUAUUGAAAUAUAACUACAGAGUCGCGAUUUGAUAAAGCGAUUCAAAUUUUACAAAAUAUAAAUUGCCCUUAUAUAUGUAUGUACGCAAUUGUAUAACGCGCAUCCAAAAUUCAAUCGGCAAAAAGUACAAAAAAUGACAUUUAAUUAAAAAACCGAUUAUUGAUUAAAAUUUGGAUUUAUUGCGUACUACUAUUAUUAUAUUACUAUUACAGAGGGAUUUUUAAAGAAGUAUUUGAAUUUGUAGAAGUUAUAAAAAUAAUGGCUAUAGUGGUACAGAGACAUUACAUGAUAACAAGAGUUAUUAUGUAAGGUAUAUUAUUAUUAUUAUAUAUUAAUUAUUAUUAAUUAUUAUUAUUAAUAUUAUUAUUAAUAUUAUUAUUAUUAUUAUUAUUAUUAAAUUAUUUCAUUGAAUGGAAUUUUAUUUUUUUAAGAGCCUCUUUAAACCUGCAAUGUCUUUCUCUUUAUCGUAGCGUAACAAAUGAGUUUUAUUUGGAAUUAAAGGAACGCUACACUGACACAAGUCGUUUGUGGCAUUAACAAAAUAUGCUUAAUUUUAUUUUUGCUUAAUUCAAAAGAAUUUACUGUUCACAAAUACAUGUUCCUUUCUACGUGAUACUAGAACAAAUACUUUUUACUACAGUUGCGAACAAUGCAAAGAUCUUAAAUAAUAUUCAAAGAUCGAAUACGCAGUUUGGUACAUACUAAAUACGCGAUGUUCGUAAGAUCAUCAAAAAUGAAUUCGUCUUAUUUUCAAACUCUGUCAAAUGGCAAAGUGUAUAAGAUAUCGAUGAUAGAUCACUAAUACGUAAUGUUUAAUUUUAUUUAUUCUGAGUUUUUUUUUUUUUUUUUUUCAACAUGAUCUAUCAUUGUAUCGUAUAACUUUGUUUUCGACGAACCUCGUAGAGUUUGACGUUUUCGUUGAACGUCGCUUUUGAAAAUCGAUCGUGUAAUUGCACAUUAUGUAAAUUUUGAAGAGAAAUUUCGCGAAAAAUUUGCGAUCGAUGAAAACAAGAAAAAGGAAAGAAGAAGAAAUCUAUUUCCGAUCUUCAAGAAUUCCGUCGAAAGUUUGGCUUGCGUUUAAAUUGCUGAAAUGCCCCUCGCCUAAAGAUGACAUUACAGUGUAUACAAAUGAUUUAUUAUUACAGAGACGCUUAGACCUGAUUCCGUCGCAUUAAAUUUGUUUAAUAUAAUAGUCGUUCAAAUUUCUUGAGCGUUUCCUCCAAACGAGUGAAUGGAGUCGACGCUAAAGAAAAAACGUGUCGAGAUAACGAACAGGAAAGCGUAGGAGGCGUGUAUCUAUGUCGAAGAUCACGAAAUAUCCACGUUUGUAGAGUAACGUUAAUUGUAUGUGUGCCUGUCUAUGAUUUGUUUAGAUACUUAUCAAUUACGAUACAGGCAACAGAUAUGUGAAUUCUAAGUGCAAGUAAAUGAUUGACAGGGAAACGUAUAACGGUUUGAAAAAAAUAAUGUCGUAAAUAAUUGAAUCCGAAAUAUUUCUCGGGUAUAUUGAUUGAAUUUAUUGUGUGUUGUCAUUGUUUGCGACCGAUUGAAAUAUUGUAUCGAAUAUUGAGAAACAGGAUCGCAACCAAGGAGCUCGAAAAAUAGUACACACCAGGUGUAAUAAAAUAGAAAGCGAAAAUUUAUAAGUAUAUAUUCGCGUCGGUAUUCGUAAUCCUGUUUUCGUUGUCAAGUGCAUCGGAGAUGAACGAAAAAAGAAAAAAGAAAAAAAAAAAAAAAGAACAUUGAUAAUAAUAUAAUAAGCAUUCAUACGUGGAAUGCUCUUUAUUCUCAUGUGUUGUGUGCGCUUUCAUAUCAAUGCGAUCACGCAUUCGUUGAUCGUCAAUACUAAUUCUAGCAAUACAGUAGACUAUCUUACAUCUUUUUUUAUUUAAUACACCGGCAUUGUUCCCGGAUGUUUGCUAAUCAAAAUUCAAGAUUUACGAGAAUGAAAUCUUGGCUCUCAACUUUUAGCAAUGUAUUCACUGCGAUAUUAAUAUUCGCGUCUUAGCAUGUACAAUGAUUUAGUCAUCCGUAUGUUAAUUCUUGUUGUAUGCACUUAAUGCAGUGAGAUGAUUUCCUGCGAGGGUGACAUUAAUUAAUAUGUGAAAAAAAGGGAAAGUGAGAAAAAUAAUCUUGUGUUCUUUCGAUAUAAAAAAAAAAAAAAAAAAAAAGCGAUGUUUCGAGGAGAUAAUGGAAUUGUCAUAGAUAUAAAAAUCGAAUCGAAGUUUAAGUCUAGGCGUAAUAAAUAUGUACUGUUUUUCCGUUUACUAACGUCGAUCAUUAUCGGUAUUCGAGCAAGAUUUUGCGAAAACAUGUCUAUUGGCAUAUAUAAUUACAAAUUAAUUAUAUUUGAUAUUCGAAUACGAUAGAUGGUACGUUAUAAUACGAUGUAAUAUACAAUAUAAAAUGUUAGGAAAUGUAAAAAAAAAAAAAAAAAAAAAAAAAAAAAAAAAAAAAAAANAAAAAAGAAAAAAAGAGAAAAAAAAAAAAGAAACAUUGAAAUGUGACAUCAUGUUAAACGUAAUCGAUUUUCUCUGUUCAAAAUGAAUUAAAUGAUUUUUUCUGAAAGAGAAAAUCGUUUAUAAUGAUUUAAAUAUUUUCAUGUACAAUCAGUACGUGUUUAUCUUCCAGCGAAUGCUUUUAACGACAUUCUGCAUGUGUUAUUUUUCUAUUUGUUUAAUUUUUCGUGUCCUGAGCGUAGUUAGUAAUAUAAAACGAUAUAUCAGAAAUGAAAAAUUCUGAUAUAUCACGUAUUAGGAAACGAUGCUCAGAAAUGAAAAAUUUUUUAUUAAUCGACAAAGCAAUUCCACGAUUUUAAUUGUUUUUGCUCGAUUAUUGUCUAUAUUGUACCAUUAGACUGACCAAUCGCAAGUGUCUUCGAAUGAAAGAAUUCCUCUGAUUAUGAAAUUGCGUCGUGUUAAAAUAACGAGCUCAAUAGUGACACGAAUUCUAAAACAAAGAAAAAAAAAAAAAAAAAGAAAUAUUAAAAAGAAAGAAUUAAAGAAGAGAGUGAGUUUGAUAAAGAGAAAGCGAAUAAGAGAGGGAGCGAAUAAGAGAAAAGAUGGAAAUAGGAAUGAAAGUGAGAAUGGAAGAGAGCAAGAAGGAAUGUGUGUACUAGGUAUUAUGAUUGUAUAAUACGUGGUUUGUAAUUGUACAUACGAGAAGAAAUCAUUGGCAGCAAUUUAAACAGAAUACAAAUAUCUAUGUAUAAAAAGUAAUAAGUACUAAUACACACCUCUAUAUAUGUGAUAAGGUUUGUAAUAUUUAAGGGAGGCCGAUAGAUUGUAUAACCUACUAGAUCUCAGUAUAAGUUACUAGGUAAAGAUCGUAAUAAUUCGUAAGUAACACCAAAAUCACUCCGCUGUAUCAAAAAAAUAAUUUUUUAUAUAAGUUCCCACGGGCGCACAUCAUCUCCAAUGGCACAUGAGUUUUAGUAGACUUAUUACGACUAACGAUAGCAAGACAUUAAGCUGGUUGUACAUAAAUAAUAAUGAUGAAAUGAAGAAUAAAUGGCUAAAAUAAAGAAAUGCUUGAUGUUGUUAAGUAAGAGAGGACGUUGUUUACUUGAGCCAAAUUUGUUCGCACGCUUACCCCUGACUUCCAUUAAACUAUUUUUAUUCAAAAAGAAAUAAUUUAUAAUUUUUUAUGUUCAUCCAAAGAAUGCAAAUAAAAAAAUUAUUGGAUUUCUAA